AUUAGUCAAAUCCUUAUAACUUCCGGAAAUAUACAAACUGAAACCAAAAAUGUAAAUGAACACUUCCAAAAAGAAAUAUAUUUGGUGAGAUGGAGACAAUCAAAGACACUGCCCUUGCAGCUUCGCAAGGAUGUCCUAUUCCAACAUAUGUUCUAGACGAUUUGUGCAGUCGAUUCAUCAUCAAUAUUCCGGAUGAAGAGAGGCAGGACCUCAUCCGAGUGUUCUUCCAGAUAGAAUUGGCUCACUGGUUCUACUUGGACUUCUACUGUGCAGAAAACGUGGAACUCAGAACAUGUGGGAUCAAAGAUUUCUCUGCACAGAUUUUUAAACAUUGUCCAUUUCUAAGCGGACAUGCUGGAGAGGUGGACAAAAUCCUGGACAACUGGAAGUCUUACAAGAUGAGUGUGCCAACUUAUGGAGCCAUUCUGUUAGAUCCAGAGAUGAAAUAUUGUCUGUUAGCUCAAGGAUUCUGGACUAAAAGCAGUUGGGGAUUCCCCAAAGGAAAAGUCAACGAAAAUGAAGCCCCACAUGACUGUGCUAUCAGAGAGGUGGAUGAGGAGACAGGAUUCGACAUCACUCCACUGAUAGACAAAAACGAGUUUAUAGAGAAUUACUUCAAUGACCAGCUUUCCCGACUCUACAUCAUCAAAGGGGUGGGGCUUGACACCAAGUUCCAGCCAAAGACUCGGAAGGAAAUCAAGAGUUUGCAGUGGUUUCCAGUAGAAGCCUUGCCUGCCCAUAGACGGGACCAAACCCCAAAAUCACUCGACAUGAACCCAAACAAUUUCUUCAUGGUCAUACCAUUCAUCAAACCUCUUAGAAAAUGGAUUUCUAAGAAGUUAGGACAGACAUAUCUUUUAGAUGCUGAGUAUGAUAUCAAGGGAGGAAACUUGUCAGGGCAAAAACAGAUGAAAGCAAGAGACCAGCCAGAGGGCAAUAACAGACAGUUCAACGAGGGCAGGGCCACUCAGAGGGAGAAACAGAAGCAAAAAGUCCAGCAGUAUUUUGCCCAGCAGAAUCACAAUGAAUUCCAGGAGUAUAUGCAGCAUAAAGAGAAGAAACAAAGAUCUGACUCUCCAAGAAAGGAGGCUGGAAAAGUCAGAGGGAUAGAGAACAAAUCACCCAAACCUAAUAAGAAGCAGCAUUAUUCUAUUUUGAACCGAGAUGGGACUGUCACAGGUACCCAGCCCAAUUUAAUUCAGAAUACCUGGGGUCCAAACCAGGUCACUGGUCAGCCCAAGAGGAACCUGGGAAAUCCAUUUAAUAGUCCAGGUGGCUACAUGCAGGGACCUAGACUGUCAAAUUACAACAACAACUCAGCGAAAUCCCCCAUGUCAGGAAACAUGAGCCAAGAUGUGAAACAGAGGCCCAGAAAGUACAAAAAAAUCACAGACCCUGAUGGGUUGGGGUCAGAAGCCUGGCUAAACUUCCAACUGGAUGUGAAUGCCAUCAUGGCGUGUCUGCCUUGAUAGUUGUGACUUGGCUAAAUGUUUUAAAGAAACUCUUUUGGCGAUUUAAAGUUUUUCUCAUGAAUGCUUACAAGGAUAAGAAGUCAUAGGCAAUGAUUCCCAGUUUUGUUUUAGACAAAAUAUCAAGGAAAUAUCGAUGUCGGGCAUUGAUGAGGUAUUCAGUUGGUCACUGAAUCGUAGGCAGCAAAGAGACUACCUGUACAUGUUUAUUCAUAAUUGAUAUUUGAUGUCAAAGUAUGCAGUGUAUAUGCAUGUAAGAGCACAAUUUAACUGUGGUAUUUUAACAAACUAGUUACAUGUACUGAAUUACAUUUAUGAAGGAAAGAGAGACAUGCAGUUGUCUUUAGUACUUUGAGAUACAUGUAUGUAGGGAACAAAUGAAAUAAUUGAAGCUCUUGGUUCUAGUCAACACCAUCACAUGUACCCAUUUUUUGGUACAAUUUUCUACUUAAAACUCAAAAGAAGACUCCUGAGUACCUUUGAUUACAUGUCCAUUUACAUGUGUCUUUUUUAUUGUUGUUUACAAAUUUAUUAAAGAUAUUCUUUUUAUA